GUGCUUUGUAAACAAUAACACACUUUGUCUAUUGUUUAUAUUGUAAAUUUCGCCAACUAUUUUGAGGAGAAAUUACAAAUCUCGAUGAACUUCUGCAAAGACUGACACUGACAUAUUAGAAGAGGCAAUAAUGAAGAUUCAGAUGGAGGGUUUUCAUAAAUUACAUGAUGACUUGGAGAAAGUUAUUGAAAAAGAUGAUUCCAACAGUUCCAUCACAACAGAUUCUGAUGAAGCAAAACAGGAGUUCCGAACAUUCAGAGAGAGACUGGUACACAUUCUUCACACAAACAAGUUUCAGAUCAUUGUGGUGUGUUUCGUUAUUUUGGACUGCCUUCUGGUUAUAGCGGAACUUCUUCUGGAUAUGAACAUUGUCAACCUUCCUGAUCAUGAUAAUCAUAUUGCUCCACAGAUACUUCACUACUCAAGUAUUUCUAUCCUAUGUUUGUUUGUUAUUGAGAUAAUUGUUCGUAUCUAUGCAUAUCGACUGAGCUUCCUCAAACACAAGAUGGAAGUUUUUGAUGCCAUAAUUGUCAUUGUGUCUUUUGUUCUUGACAUUGUAUUCCGUUCCCAUGAGGGCCCAGAAAGUGGUAUCGGCCUACUGGUGGUGCUGAGAUUGUGGAGGGUCACCAGAAUCCUGAAUGGUAUUGUGAUGUCAGUGAAAAAACAAGCCGAGAAGAGACUUCUCAGAGAGAGACGACUACGCCAGGCUUGUGAACAAGAAUUAACCAAAUACAGAGAGUAUUGUUCCACACAAGAACAGGAAAUUGAAAUUCUAAGAGGAAUGUUGCGGAAACAUGGUAUUGAAGACGCAAACAGACUUGACAACCAACCAGUAGUCAUAAGUACCAUUGAUGUUGUUGCAGAGGUUAAUCAAAUAUCGGACAAAGCUUCAGAAUCCGGUGAGGAAAUGAGUUCGGACAAACAUACAGACAAUUCCAAUGGAAGUUGAGUCUGUCAACUAGAUUCAAGACUUUUACAGGAACGUAGUUAUAAUUUGUCUGAGAUUUGAAGAGAAGUUUAAUAGAUAAUGUGGACAAAUGAUAUAGACUGAUGCUAUUUUUUGAUGGCAAAUGGUUGUAUCUUGUAAUUAUAUAUAUAUAAUAUAAUUGCAUUUUGAAUUUGAAUUUUAUGAUGUAUGUAUUUUGACAAAUUUCCAUUUGUCAUAAUUUCAUUGGUAUUAUGCACUUUUUCUGAUUUUUUUUUGUACAGAUUAACAGAUUGUUUAAUAUUCCAGAUCUUUUUGUAUCAGCCUAAUGUAAAAAUAUGACACUUUUGUAGAAAACUUAAAUCAUUUCCGAAAAUUGAAACUGACUCCUGAUUUGAUUUAAACAUGAUUGUCUUGAAAUUUUCUUCCAAAGAAAUUUAAUUGAUGUGAAUAGCAGAUGCAUACUUUAUCAAACAUUAUAGAUAAUUGCAAAAAUCAAUAAGAAUUUUGUGUAUGCCAAUAUUCAUGAAUUUUAAGACUUUCAAUCAUUUAUAUCUGUAGUGAUAAAAUUAGUCUUUAAAUGUUACAGUAAUGCAGGAAAACAGUUAUUAGAUUAAAUAGAGAAAUUGUAGUUAUGGAAUGGAAAAAAUGAUACCGACAAUAAGAACUUAGGUUGGAAUUUAAACUGAUAAAAAGCUAGUGUCUGCUUUAGUAUCAUUCCCAAUAGCACCUCUUUCCAAUCCUUAUAAUACAGUCAAACCUGUAUUAAGCGGCCACCUAAGGGACCGACAGAUAUUGGCUGCCUAAGACAGGUGGCUGCUUAAACCAGGUUGGCCAGAAAUGGCCUGUUGCCCAAUUCUUUUUUAAAAAGUUCAUUGAAUUUAUCAUAUUAUAAUGCAACUAUUGAUAUUGAUAACAAUAUACCAUGUACAGUGUAUUUUGAAAUGAAAACCAACAAAGAUAAAAGUUUUGAUGAAUUUGAUAAAAAUACCUGGUCUUGUGAUCAUAAAAAUACCUGGUCAUGUGAUCAUCGCGGAUGUCUAUUUCCGGACAAAAUGGCCGCUUAAUACAGGACUAUACAAUGACUCGGGCGGAUUUUUUUGGCCGUUGGCCACGUUAGACAGGUGACCGCUUAUUUAAGGUUCAUUAUAUAGUGUUUUCCAUCGGGCGGACCACAGACUGGCCACUUAAGGGAGGUGGCCGCUUAUUCAAGGUGGCCGUUAGAGCAGGUUUGACUGUAUAUAUAUAUGCACUUGUGGUAAAGAAACCCCCUAACCACCCUCCCCUACCCCAUAUCAUAACAAUUCAAUUGUACAUACAUGUAUAUAUAAACAAGCACCAUAAUAUUCUGUGCAGUACUCUAGGUCACAAUGCUAAGGUCAGUUACAUCAAACUUGUGUGAAUAGCAUACAGUAACAUGUAUAUUGAUAUCUUUGACAAGAAAUCAAACAAAAUUGAGGAAUAAUCUACUUGAUGUAAAUUUUGAUAUUUUCUUAAUCUUGUCAUAUAUGUAUUUCACAGUAUGAAUAGAUUGUUUAACCCCUAAACAAUUUCUGAAUUUUGUUUUCAAAAAACAAUUUUCUGAAUUUUUGUUAAAUUUGCCUUCCUGGCAGCUGUUGCUGAAGCAGAAAAGCAUUUGUCCCAUUUGACUAUAAAAGUACCAUAGGCAAAAGUGAUAAAUGAUUUUCCGCUACAACAGCAGCUAUUUUCCGAGUUAAAUGUAAUAUGAAUUCGAAGUAUACCAUGGAAAUAUGUUUGGUAUGCUUAAAUGUUGUUCUUAAUGUUCUUACAUGGAGCAAUUUGAGAAAGAAACAGUCGAUUUUAAAAUUCAAUAAGCUCUCUCUUUAAUAUGCAGAAUUAAUUUAUAAAUGAUUCUACAUAACAUAUGUACUAUACAAUAAUUGUUCAAAUGUUUUUUUUUACAAAAGUAUUUAUUUAAAAUGAUACAAAUAGAUACCUCAAAAAGCAGCCCUCCCCUUUUAUCAAAUAUGUAUCAUUGUAUGUUUUUAAUUCUUUCUUUACAUAUUAUAUAUGUAUGUUGAAAAUUCUUCGGUUAGAAUGUUAUUUAAGCCUUUCAAACUGUCAUGAUGAAUUUGAAGACUUUAUUUGGCAUUGACAGACGAUUUUUGUCUUAGAUAAAAGUACCAGUCAGAAUGAAUUUUGUAUUCAAUGUUGUUUAAGUUGUCACUGUUAUUAUAGUACAGUUUUUGUUUGGUGUUAAGGUUCAGCUCAUAGUAAUUGCUUUAAUUUGAUGUAUUACAGAGUUUAUUCAAGAUCAGUCAGUUUUAUUAUGUUCCCAUCAGCUUGUGACCUGAAUCUCCAUAUAUGUUUUCUUUUGAAGGUUAACUAUUCACCUGUAUUCAGAUAUUUUUUUAAUCUGAGGGUCCUAAACUUAACUCAACUUCUCGGUGACUUUGAAAUAAUAUUUUGACAAAUUUCAAUAAGUUUGCUAUAAGCCAUUUGAUUGGUUUCAGACAUGAAAACCUAACCAAUCACUCGGCUGAUAACUUUUCUUCAAAGAUUACUAGGGAGCUUAUAUAUGCACAAAAAUUAAUUUUACUCACUUUGUGCAUGGUCAUCACAAAUUCUUUGAUCUUUUUUCAAAAACAUCACAUGUAUGUACAUUUAUCUAUUCCUCACCAUUUUACAGACUAGUAUUUUUUUGCCGUCCACAAGAUGUACAGAGCCUCCUGUUUUCUAAUCAAAAGAUUAAAUGAUUACCUAGCACAAUAGAUUUAAAAUAUCUAAAACUAUUAUUCAGGAGUGCAGAGCAGAUAUAUAUUGAGAGUGACACCCUUGGAUUUUAAAAAUAUAAUGAUAUAUAUAUAUACAGGGCUUUUUCUUUGGGGGGGGGGGGGGGGGGGUUGAUAAUAUUAAUGGGCCCCAUUCCUAAUUGAAUUAUCUCCUAUUCAAGUCAAAUUCCCAAAAAUUGCAGUGUUCUUCUGAUAAUCCUUUCACAUUCACUCCUUUGCUUCCUGAAAUGAAGCAAAUAGGCCCAAUCUAAAACCAAUGAAAAAACCCCGGAUAUAGUUUAUGUUGAAUUUACAUUUGAAUACUUUUGAUUUGUUGUAAUUACAUUUGUUAUUUCAUUGUGUAAAAUAUGUAUUAAAAAAAUAUAAAGCAUUUUUAAAUAUGAAAAUUUGUGUAUUAACAAUUUGAUACCAUGAUUAGAAUUUUUAUAUUUUGAUUCUGUGAACUUUAUUUGUAAAGCAUUAACUUUGAUCUGGAUGAUUACUAUGAUUUUACAUUUGGUUUUUUAUAUGUUCUAUAUUUAACAAUAUGUUUUCGGAUUUGUACACUCAUUACCCUAUAUUUAUCAAAGGCAUUCUAUAGAACAGCUCUACAACUUACUGUAACUUUACCUUUCAAAGAUUUUUAAAAGUAGUUCACAUCAUCCUGAUAUAUUGAUUUCUGGUGAGUAACACUUAGUGAUAUAGAAUCUCAUUUAAAUAAAACAUAUGUAAUUUAUUACACUAGAAGAGCAUUUUAAGGUACAAUGUUUCUACUCUCAUCCUUAUCGAUUUAUAUAAUAGCUAGUGUCAGAGAAUGUGAGAAAACUUUGAUAUGCUCCAUUGAUAACUGAUUGCAUAAACAGGUAUUUGUCAUUAUUCAAUAAUCCUUUAUUUUCCUAUUAAUUCCGAGCUCUUUAUAUAGUAAUACUUAAGAAACUGACAACCUACUUAAAGAUGCUUCAUCACUGACAGCAAAAACACUGCUCGUCACAAAAAUGCAUAAAAUGGAACAGAUGAUACAGACAAUAGUAACGCCAACAAGUGUAAAAAUGAUAACAAGGGUCUAAAAAAACGGUCACUUAUCAGACCCGGAAUUACAAUUGUAAGUAUUUUUCACUUUAAAUUUAAAAGGUAAAUAGAGAAUCUCCAACAUUUAGAGUAUAGUGGUUGUGUGUAAAGUAUAUAACUGUUUGUAUUAUUCUCACAUACAACUAUACAAAAGAUGGGUACCAAUCAAAAAGUAUGUAGUAUGUAAGAGACAUUUUUGAAAUUUUUAACAAUAAGAAGUGAGAUAGAGUGUUAUGAAAAGGGAAGGCAAACUUAGAGAAUUUUCAAUUGUUUCCCUCAUUAAGAUGUAAUAAUUGAGAUACAUUUUAAAGGAGAAAUAAUGUACAGUUGAAUAAUGUAAAAAUCAGUUACAUAUAUAUAUUAUGAUCAAAUCCAGCUCUGUAGUGCUAACUGGAAACAGAGCCGUAGACAUAGCCAUAAAACAGUAGUAGACACCUGUGACUAUUAUCUUUAUUUAUUUUACAACAUCUAUGAAAGAAGUUUAUGCUUGUACAUGUCUUGACAGGGGUCGCAAAAGUUCAGAAGGUUAGAGCCCUGGUCACAUAAUUUCAGGUGAUGAUCCAAGGUGUAUGGUUCAAUGCUCCCUAAGGGGCCGCGGUGGCCGAGUGGUUAAUUUGUCUUGACACUUUAUCACUAGCCCUCCACCUCUGGGUUGCGAGUUUCAAAAUCUAUGUGGGGCAGUUG